ACUCUGCCAGUUGAGUUUCGACCGUAUGAGUACACUGUGGUGCGUUUAAAGUUGCGGCGAAUACGAACUGAACAGAAUCGCGCGUCUGUUUGUCUGUUUGUCUGUCUGUCUGGCCGCCUGCCUGUCUGACUGAAUGUCUAGCUUUGCUGUCGAAAAUUUUCGUCUUUUGCCUCUCGCCUCUGACUAAAUAGGUGACGCGGUAGUUUGCGUGGCAACUUGAAAUUUGUACGUGAGUGGAAAAUUUCUAACAACAAACAUAUUUGUACCAACAUCGUAGUCGGUAAGGAACAACAGCGAUAACAGCAGUAGUAAUAAAAACAAAUAACUUAAACUACCAAACACAAACAUUUGAAAUCGAAAUCGUGAAAAAUAUCAAAAUCAAAUGACUCAUGCAAAAUAAUUGCCGAAAAACUGAAACAAAAAAAGCAAAGAAUAUUUUUGUAAUUAAACAGUUUUCUAUUGACUCGCACGUCCACCAUUUUUGUACAUAGCCGUCAAAUCAGCGCCCGUUUACCUGCCUCCACACUGAAUAAUCGAGAGACCGAGCCCAACCAAAAUAUUGCCACUAAACAGUUUUUACCAGCAGCAACUACGACGCUAUUGUCUGUUGGUGGAGGUUAAAUUCCUUUUUCUACAUCACCCCCAUCAGUCAACUAUUAACUACUUAGCUCUAUGCUCAGCAGUAAAAACAAAUCUACAUUGCAAUUGCUGUAAUAAUCGUUACGAAGCGCUACUGUCUACGACGACGACGACGACGACGACGACGACGACGACGACUACUACUACAAUAACCCCAACAACAGCGAGGACGAUGGGAAAAGCCCUUAAUCGACGACGUACAGUGGUUUGAGCAUACAAAUAGCGAUAACAUAGUGCAAUAACAACAAGCAAAGUUUAGACGAACGAAAGCACAUACGACUACAGUUGGCAGAAAAGGCGUCACCGUACUUGCCACACUCAACGCGAGGCAGUCGCAGUGACAAGAACACAGCAACGCCAAAAAAAAUCAGCAUUUAUAUAGCAGCAACAUUUGAAGCAGAGUUAGAGAGUCAGCAGUACCACUGUCAGUGAAAGUUAGUACCAACCACUAGCCAGCAGCAACUAAAAAAACACACACACAAGAAUACAACCUUAGGCUGGUGAAGGCAAAAAAGCUCUAUCAUAGACCACUGAUAAGAAGAACGAACGGCCAGUGGGACAAGCGCACAGUCAGUAGCAUAAACAGAUCACAGAAGCGCCUAGAAACUUUAAAGGUAGAUCUCCAAGAAUCACUUCACUGUCAGCGAGUUCACCUGCUCGAACUUAGUAAAAGGAAAAAACUUAAACAAGAAAACAUAAAACAGUGGACCAUUUGCUUAUCAACAAACCGUAAUUUCUUCUACUCUGCACCCUUUAUUUCCGUUUUAGUGCGUUUGACGCCUUCACUUUGCUGAUAAACGAGCAUUUAAUUAUCAGCCUCUGUUAUCAACGCGUUUGUGCUCAUCUCCGGAUUUCCGUUUCCGCGUUAGUAGAAAAAGGAAUACAUAUAAGAAAAAAGUGUUGUUCAUUGGAAAACCGCAAUUUUUUUUUUAAAGCAACCACUUGCCUGCGAACAGUUUAUCGUCGUCUAUGGCAUUAUUGCUGUCGAUGCUGUGCUUAUCAAAGCAGUGACAUCAUUUUUACAAAAUAAACAAUAAAACAACAUACCUAAAAUUUUACGCAAACCAACAAUUAUCAGCAAUAAAAUAAAAAUGUGCAAUUUUCGGAGCUGAAGAUCUUUUAAAGUGAGCGAUAACAGUUUUUUUUUUCGUUAAAAGAGCGACUAGCAACAAUAAUAAAGGAAACGCCUGAAAAUAGACAUUAAAGCUGCCAAAGAUGUUCUCCAUGUGUUCCAAAGUGAAGCCACGAAACUCAACAGUGAAUACACAACAACCAACGGGUACUGUUGGGAAACAGAUCAAAGGAGGCUACUUGUUGCGAUACAAAAAGCAAUUGCUGUGGAACCGCUGGGUCGAGGAAUGGGUAGUGCUGUACGAUGACUCGACAAUGGCUUGGUUUACGGAACCUGGGAGAUCAUCGCCAGCUGGUAAAAUCCUAGUCAAAGAAGCGCCCGAGAUGUUGGCCAUUGCACAUUGGACUGGGCAAAUACCACGACGCCCACCACUGCCCGAAGGUUGCAGUGUAUCACAGUUGAUUGCAUUGGGUUCGAGGAGAAAACGUUCCAAAGUCUAUUGGAUGUUGGCCAAAUCUGAACAGGAAGUCAGUGAAUGGGUUGACGCCAUAACUAAGACGCUGCCUCCGCCACCCCAAAUAGAGCUCGUAGUUGACAAGCCGCAUCUUAUGAAUGUCUUACGCCGGCCUUUAGUGCGCAUACGACCGGCCACAACGUCCGAGGUUAAACAACGCAAAACUUCGGCACAUAGAAGUAGCAGCGCCCAUCCAGCUUUGGCCCACCAUCGCACUUUCUACGUUCAAAAUCCGCUGGUGAAGAGUGAUGCCGCUGUAGCCAUUUUGAGCAAAAAGCCGGACUCGAAGCCAGCAUUGGCAUGCGCACUGCCUUGGGGACACGGUUGGGGCUGGGCCACUUUGCCGAAUGGAGUGUGGAGCGGCGGUCUGACUUGGUCGCAGUGUGAGGAUACUUUUACCUUACAUGCACUGCCCACCACGCACUGCACCAAUCUCGUGGACACGUCAUGUAGUGGGGCCGUCUACCACACUGAUAUCGGUGGCUUUGAUUUCCAUUCGACUGGCGUUGAAGACUUAGGCGGCGAGGACUUUGAUUAUGCCAUGGAUUGCGGAGACUUCAUAUUUUAAAUGCUGCUAACAGAAUCGAGCCCAGUAAUAGCAAUAGAUAUACAUAUGUAUGUAUGUAGCAGGUUCAGGCGAAGCAUCACCAAACAAACGAAAGAAAAAUUAAACACUGGAAGAAUUAUAACCACCCCACCCUAGAAAGCGAGUGCUUUAAACACUCAAACGCUUAUAAGUUAAAUAAAUUUAGAUUUUCGUAAGGCUCAAGAAACGUAAGAACAUAAUUAAAAUGGACUCACCUUCCACUUUGAAGGAUUUUCACACUUUCGCUGCACCCGAGUCAUAAGAUCGAGCCAAGCUGUAAAUGAAAAACAACAACAACAAAAAAAAACAAAAACGAAACACAAAAACCAUAUAGAAUUAUUGAAUUAAAUGUUAACUAAAUUACGGGUAAAUACGAGAACGAAUUUCAGUUGAGUUCUCAACUGCGUGACAAUUUAGAUUUUUUGCAUUUUAUAGACGUGUUCGUUAAAGCGAAACGACCUGCGGCGAGUAUAAUGCGGCGAACUGUAUAACUUACUAGCCCAAAUACAAAUAUGAGUAUUCCAAUGGAUUUCAAAUGAUGCCAAAUUUUUGUAAGACGCCACAAAAAAUGUGUAGCAGGGACAAAAGAGACGAUGCGUGCCACGUUUAGGCGCCGAUUGCACCUAAGGGCCGUGAAGUUGGGAAUUAGUUUUAAAUACUUACUUACAUAAAUGUGUAUAUUUGUAGGCAUGUUUACACACAACGUCGUCAUAGUUGUAGUUGAAAUUUAACCAAUCAUAGCGCAUACUAAAGAUUACAAAAAAAAUAAAUAAAAAAUGAAAAUACGUGAAAGUUACAACACUGAAAACCCAAAAGUUGUUGCGAAUUAGGUAAAGGAUAGCAAUUUGUGCAGACAGAAAGUGUUUAUUUUCAUGUGAAUAUGUAUGUAUAUGAGAAACAUAUAUGUAUGUAUGUAGAAGAAGCAAAGAAUUUAGAAACAAUAGUAAACUUUUCAGAAAAAUAUAAAAAAUCCAAAAAAAAAAAAUUAUGUGGUAUUUGUAGGUUACCAAACCAAGAACAACAAAAAAAAAAAACAAAAAUACACAUUGAUCUGCCAAAUAAUUUUGAAAGAUAUAAAAAGUAGGUAUGUAUUGUAAUCAAAUAUAAAGAUGAAAAAAACAUAAACAUAAACAUAAACAAGGAAUCGUUGUACACAAGGAAACGCCACCAAGCAACAAUGCGAAACACACGCAACAUUUAAUUGACAAUGCAAAGUUUUUUGAAAUGCCGAAUUGAUUAUAGAUUUUUUAAAUGAUUUUUCGAUUUUUUACUGUUUUUACGUAUCGAGAGAUAAAAUUAUUACUGAAAAAAAUAAAUAAAAAACAAAAGCAAAAACCAAUUGAAAAAAGUAAGUUUAGUGUAAUUUUAGUAUCAAAAUAGGCAAACCAAGAGCAACAUGCUGGCAAUGUUCUCCGUUAAAUAUUAAAAUCAAUUGUCAAAUUUACUUAGUACAUAGGGUUAAAAAAAUAUGACCAAAGAAGAAAAAUUUGUAUGUAGAAAAAAAAAAGAAACAAUAUGAAAAAAUUAUGAAAAAUUUCAUGCACAUUCAAAUCUAAAAAGUGUAAAGUACAUACUUGCGAAAAAAAUAUGCAUAUGGGGUAACGACUACCGAAAAAUAAAAAUAAAUGUACGUGCAACAGCUAAAAAACCAAAACACAAAAACCAAAACAUGUGUAAGAAUAUAAAUACGGCACAACAACCAUAAAAACAGAGUUUCCGAGCACUCAAAAAGGAAGUGUAUACUUAUACAAAAAAAAA